CUAAGAGUGACGUCAUGUUGGUGGGCCAUGUGGCUGUGCAGUGAGCUGCAGUGUUGUUGUGGUUAGCUGUAGCUGGUUUUAGAUUAAUAACUGCAGUCUGGUUUCUGUUCUUUACUAGUUUGGUUUAGUAGCUCAGCUUCAUACAGAAUCGUCAUGUCCUCGAGUUGUCGCAGGCCAGAGCACAAGGCUCCUCCGGAGGUGUUCUACAAUGAGGAAGAGGCGAAGAAGUACUCUCAGAACUCCCGAAUCAUUGAGAUCCAGACUCAGAUGUCAGAGAGAGCAGUGGAGUUGCUGAACUUACCAGAAGACAAGCCAUGUUAUUUGCUGGAUGUAGGCUGUGGCUCUGGACUUAGUGGAGAUUAUUUAUCAGAAGAGGGUCAUUACUGGGUUGGUUUGGACAUCAGCACUGCCAUGUUGGAUGUUGCUAUGGACAGGGAGGUGGAAGGAGAUCUCGUUUUGGGAGACAUGGGACAAGGUGUGCCUUUUAGGUCUGGAACGUUUGAUGGCUGCAUCAGUAUCUCUGCACUACAGUGGUUGUGCAAUGCAGACAAAAAGAGCCACAUACCCCCCAAGAGGCUCUACACCUUCUUUAGCUCACUCUAUUCUUCCCUGCAAAGAGGAGCCCGUGCCGUUUUCCAGAUCUACCCUGAGGAUUCAAAACAGCUGGAGCUGAUCACAUCCCAGGCCAUGAAGGCAGGCUUCACAGGGGGUAUGGUGGUAGACUACCCCAACAGCACCAAAGCCAAAAAAUUCUUUCUGUGCCUGUUUGCUGGCGAGUCUGGUGUGUUGCCAAAGGGUUUGGGGUCCGAGACUUCUAGCAGAAAUGUUCCUAAUCAGGUUCAGUUCACAGGACAGAGGUCUCGCUUCAAAAACAUGAAAGGCAAGUCUGUAAAGAAGAGCAAAGACUGGAUCAUGGAGAAGAAGGAGAGAAGGCGAAGACAGGGAAAGGACGUAAGGGCAGACACAAAAUACACAGGCCGCCACAGGAAACCUCGGUUCUGAAGCUCACAACUUUUGGCCUGCUGCUGGAUUACCUAUUGGCCUGUUCUGUGGACUUUAACUGUGGACUUACCUAAUUGGCCUUAUUCGUCAAGUGAUUUCUCACUACUUCAUGUAACGUGGAAAAGUAAAUGAUGGACACUGCUGACUUCUCAAGCUAAUGAGAUGUCUACCUUUUAAAGAAGCAUCACAACUUCUAACGCCAGUCUAAAUGGUGAAAUUUGAACGAAACUGUAUCUUUAAAUAAACUGUUUUUGACAGUUUAA